AGUCAAGAAUCAGGCCUCGCGUUUGAACGGGCUUGCUAGCCAAGCGUCACCCAGCGAUAGCUGUAUCUCUCUCCCCCCCCCCAGUGAAAACAAAAAACAUUCGGAUAUACAGGCCAUGGUCCAUGGCGGAAAGAGAAAAAUAUCUGUCAGGAAGUGGCCGGGAAUCGCCGAGAGUACAAAGUGCGUCAGCUCCAAAUGUUUAGCCGCAUGUACAGAAAGUUGUCUCUAUGUAUGGUUAAUCGCUGCCUUCUAAGCAGCACUUACUGUAACUUUGGAUCAAGCAGAUGCCAACGUCGUAUUACUAUGCUCUUCUACAAACAAGUUUAGCAUCUGAAGUUCAUCCGUCUGGAUCGUCCGGCUCGAAGCUCCAAUGCACAUGGUGUUCCUCCCCUCUAUCCGAUUGUCCCUAUAAAAACGGAUUACUUGUCUUCUGCAACGCACAAUGUAGUCUUUCAUUGUGCAACGCAUGUGAAUGGCUUGAUAGUCAUCGAUCCCAGGCCAAUCCGUACUUCCAGGACCAAUACCUUUCUACGCUUCCUAGUAGCGUUGCAGAACAUUAUUCAGAUCUCUUUCAGAAGUUAUGUACCUCCUUACUUGAUUCAUUCCUACCUAACGGAACAAUGUUUCAAACAGCAGAUUCUCACGGUAUCAUGCCGCGCGAGCUUUACAUCCAGCCUGUCGAACGGACGAGCGAAUACCCAGUCUAUUGCGGGGCUUAUGGCUGGGUCUAUCGAGGUCAAUAUAGCGGUAAAGAUGUAGCUCUGAAAUGGAUUCGAAUCUACGAUACCGAUUAUACUUCAAUAAAAAGAGAAACUGAGAAGUCCCUUCGAUACGAAGCCCUUACCUGGCGGAACCUCAAGCACAGACAUAUACUCCCAUGCCUAGGCAUCACAACCUUUGGAACAUUACCGACACCACGUUAUUAUAUUGUAUCGCCUUGGAUGCCUCACGGAAGUAUACGGCAGUUGCUGCGAAGUCGCAGUAGUUUAGACUUGAAUUGGCGGGUAUGGAUCCCAAAGUGGUCACUUGAAAUUGCUUCCGGUUUGCAAUACCUCCACGAGGAGGGAAUCGUACAUGGCGAUCUUCCUGGAGCCAAUAUACUGGUUGAUUCAGACUAUUCGGUCCGUCUGGCGGAUUUUGGCUUCGCCGUCUUGGUAGAUGGUACCAGUGGAGCGCGCGGCUCCAAUAGAGGAGGCAAUCCACGAUGGCUCGCGCCAGAAUUGCUGGAGCCUGACGCCACAUCUGUUCGGCCCACGUUGUCCAGUGACAUAUUUUCACUUGGAUGUGUUAUCGUCGAAAUAUAUACCGAUCAGGACCCAUAUAUUGGGCUCAGCACUAUGAAGGUUGUAUUUAUGAUACCGAGAGGUACAAAACCGUCCAAGGAGCGUACCAUGAGCAGUGCCUUAAUACCACUCACGGAUCACCUGUGGACGCUCUGUGAGGCAUGCUGGUCGAAGGACCCCUCACGGCGACCGUCAGCAAAAGAGUCCGUGCUAAGAUUAAGGAUGCUAAUGUCAUAUGAUGCCGCUUCUUUACCAAUCAACUCAACCGAUGUUUAGUGAUUCGAUCCUGGUUAUAUACGGAUUCGAUUUGUAUGUUUUAUGACCAAAGGCGCCUGAAGAAUAUGUUCAUUGGCUUGUACUCUUCAAAGCUCGUGUCUUCUGGCUUUCUCGUGCCCUGCGAUAAUCACGAUAAACUAAUGUAUGGGGUUAAGGAUGCU